GCAUGGUGUGAGGGGGAGCGCCCGGGGCGUCGAGUGUAACCCGGGGUGCGGGACUGGCCGCGCGGGACGGCGGUCGGCAGCCCAGGCCGCGGCCUCCCCUGCCCCCGCGACCCCCGGGCCCAGCCCGGCUGCGAGCGCGUCUCUCCCAGCCACGUGAUGGCUGCCGCUGGCUUCGACUGCUAAGGCUUAUUUUGAAGAUCAGGAACAAAAGCCGUCGCCUGAUCGAUUACUCUAUUGGAUUAUAAGCGAGUUGUUGCUGUGGGUGUUCCUACACGCUCACUGAGUGUGCAGACUGAUCGUUCAGCGUUGUGGCAAAAGUACCAGUGCAGGCUUAGCUUCCCACGACGUUUGCAAGUUGGAGGGUUUUUUUGUUUUAGUGAAGUUUUAAUGGUAUUUGGAAUUUUCCGAGGCUGUAGAAGUAUAGGUAUAGUACUGUUCUAGUUAACUCAGCUUAAAUGUAAAAUUUCUUAGAACAGUGUGCACGUUUUUGUGCCUCUAAAUUCGUGGCAUAUAGUUGUCAAUCCCUUUACCUAAAUCCUUGUUCUCUGAAGUCCUUGCUCACUUAAUGAAGUGGUCUUAGUUUUGUGUGGCACUGUCAUCCCCAAAGUCACUAUUUUUGUUUCUAAAUUGUUGGAUGGCUUGUCUAUGUCUUCUACCAGUGCUUGGUUGUUUAAUAUAUAGUCAGUAGAAGCUUGUUAUUUGGACUUGGUUUUCUGUGGAUUUCUUAAAUAACACAUUAUGAUCUGGAAUUGCUAUGUCUAGUUUUCACCACUGAGGUUCUAUGUUGUAUCCGUGCUACAUUGUGGAGAACUUGCUGUUUAUCACCGAAGGAAUAACGAGGAGAUCUGUUCUGAAUACUGCUUAAAAAUUUGGAUAAGAAUACAGAAUUGUGAAAUUCAGAAAUACUACAGAUUAAAUACAUCAUGAAGUAGUGGGGCAGCGGAUUUGAUUUUUCAAGACAUGAAGGUCCUGUAGGAAAAUUUUGCCCAUGAAUGCUUCUUGUUUUUUGGCACUGCCGUCACAUCUGUUGGGAAGAUACAAGAAAAAAUGUACUGGGUCUGCCUGAGGUGGAGCUGAUGUUCUUCGUAGCAGUCACUACGACUUUGUGUUUUGGAUUUGUGGCUAAGAGAGUGUUGGCAACACAUCAGCGUUUUGGCCGUGGCUGAACAGCGCUUGCACAGUGUCAAGGCUUUCUCAUUUUUCCCCUAUUCUGCCACUCCAGUGAGUAUGGUGGGAGCAGGCAAGAAGCUGAGAGGGGACACAACCGGGAGAACUGACCCAAACUGACCACAGGGAGAUUCCAUGCUGUGUAACAUCGUGCUGAGCAACAAAAACCAAGGGAGAGGAAGAAGAAGGUUUUUAUUUGAUUGUUUUGGUUUCUAGGGGUGGAUUUUUUAAUUGGCUUCCAAGUUCAGAGGCAGGCUGGGCAUCAGUAAUUCUGUGUGAGGUGGUGAGAGUUUUCCGUUGCUUCAUUUUUUUCUCUUUGCUGACUAAACUGUCUUUAAAACUUGAGCCACUUGGUUCUUCCUGUUUUCUUCCCCAUCCCACUGGUGCGGCCGAGGAGCGAACAAUCAGCAAAUGAUCAGCUGUGUGGAUGCUUGCCUGCUGGGUGUGUCAACUCACCAAAAAAAUACAGAGAAGAGGUGAUCUGUAGUGAAGUUACUAAAUAGGCAGUUGUUUUCAGUUUGUUGUGUUUACAAGGUCCUGAUGUAGAAGUGAUGUAGAAUCCAUUAUUUACAGGAUUUGGGCUUUGCUCUUGUUUUGCUGUGUUCAGGUGGAGCAAUAGUUACUGUCAUCAAUAGGUAACUUGGCAUCAGGAUCUAGUGCUUUACAUUUGUUACUGAGCACGGGGUUGGUAAAGGGAUAUUCUGAAACAUUUGUCACUGGAGUGUUGGGCCCUUGUUUUAAGGGACAUAGUUACUUGCUACAGAAGCUUGUGUUUGUUCUGAGAGUACUAUGAUAUGUAUUGUAUGAUGUUAGAUAAUGUUAAAAAUCGGGAUAUGUUUAAGCUGGUGAUUCUUGUUCUUAUGCCUGAAAGUCAGUAAGUAGAUAGGGAAGAUACUGAAAUUUGUUUUGUAAAUUGAAGUACUUCCUGAAGUUUCUCCUUGUUGAAUAUUUUUGCUGUUUCAUAUGAUCGUCUUCACUGUGCGUGUUAAGUAAAGUGCUGGACUGGUGAGUAGCAUGCUGUGGUGAACAUUGAAAGCAGGUGGAUUUCAGAAGAAUGGAAUCAUCCUGUAAUCUUGAGAUGGACUUGCACAUCUUUCAAGGACUCAAAUAAUUGAAUUGAGAGUUUUUACCUCACUAUACUAUCGGUCUGUUUCAUUUCAACAGUUCAGUGUGGCGAAAUUGAUGAUCAAGUAACCUCAUCGUGUUUUCAUCAUUUCCAGAAGUCAACUUAAGUUUUGAACUUUUGCUUUUAAAAUGGAAACCCAAAGGUUCAGUGCGUAGCAUCCUGAAACAUGGAAGGAGUUCUUCGUAGUAUCUCACAUUGUGGGUUCAUUACACGCUUGGCUUUAGUAUUAGCCACUGCUAUGGAUGAGCUGCAGCAGUGUAGCACAGUCUGUAAAGCGAAGUACAGGUAUCAGCCAUUAAUUAUGUUUCAUUUUCUUUCCACAGUUAAGUUCAUUUUACAGAAUUUAUCAGGUCUUCAAAGCAGAAACAGGUGAUUUUUGCUGUGGGUUGAGCUCAGCAUGGCUGUAGUCAUCCGUUUACAGGGGCUUCCUGUUGUUGCGGGUCCUGCAGAUAUUCGUCGUUUCUUCUUGGGAUUGAAUAUUCCUGAUGGAGGUGUGCAUAUUAUUGGAGGAGAGAUUGGGGAGGCUUUUAUUAUAUUUGCAACAGAUGAAGAUGCACGGCGUGCCAUGAGCUGUUCAGGAGGGUUUAUCAAGGACUCACGCAUAGAGCUCUUUCUCAGCAGCAGGGCAGAAAUGCAGAACACCAUAGAAAUGAGCCGGAAACGAUUUGACCGUGGGGAACGAGAAACUAUGUCUGGCUCUAGAAGAACAGGCACUAAUGGUUCUGGUGUAUCAGGUGUUGGAGACAUUCCACAUUUAGUCACACCUUUUUCAAAAGGAAUAAUUAAACCUGGUUAUGGUCCACCAGAUCAUCCAGAGCCUGGUUUCCAUACCAAUGGCACAAGACAUGGUGAUAUAGGUAUGCCUAAAUCAAGCUAUCAGUCAAGGAAGGAUUCUCAUCCAUUUAACCCAGAUGAUCUUUACUUAUUUCUACGUGGUAUACCUUACUCUGCAACAGAAGAUGAAGUGCGUGCUUUCCUUUGUGGGAUACAUGUGGACGGAGUGAUUCUGAUAAAGCAUCGCAAUGGUUUGAACAAUGGUAAUUGCUUGGUAAAAUUUGCCACACCCGGUGAUGCCUUGGAAGGACUUAAACGUCAUAGACAAUACAUGGGUCAGAGGUUUAUAGAAAUAAGCCCAUCUACAGAGGAACGGUGGAUUGAAUAUGGUGGGAGGGUUGAUAUGCCAAAUGAAAUGGAUCACUUUUUCUGCGAAGACCAUUCUCCAAGAAGUUCAGGCUACAUGCAUUUGAGGAAGCAUUCUCAUUCACGAUCACCAAGGAGACAAAGAACACGUUCUCGUUCGCCUCCCAGCCAGGAAUAUUACAUACACUUAAGAAAUCUAUCCAUUAAUGUGGAGAAGAGAGAUUUGAGAGCGUUUUUUUCUGAUCUCGAUAUAGGCAGCAAACAAAUCAAGCUUCUAACAGAUAAGCAUCAGAGGAGGACUAGAGAUGCUUUUGUGAUGUUAAGGAGUGAGAGAGAUUAUCAGGCUGCUUUGGAAUGUCAUAGAAACUUUCUUCUCAAUCGUCCCGUUUACAUUUUUCCAAUUUCACGAAAGUCAAUGUUGAAAAUAAUUGAUUCUUGUGAGAGAAAAAGAUCACAGGACAGAGACCAUUCUGGACAGGCCGUUUCAGAAAAAAGUUAUCGGGAAGGUCAUUCUGGCCCCAAGACGUGUGUUUAUGUAAGGAAUUUUCCAUUUGAUGUGUCAAAAAUUGAAGUGCAAAAGUUCUUUGGGAGAUUUGAUAUUCAUGAAGAUGAUAUUUACUUGCUCUGUGAUGACAAAGGAGUUGGGCUGGGAGAAGCAAUAGUGAGGUUCAAAUCUGAAGAACAAGCCAUGAAAGCAGAAAGUUUAAAUCGUCGAAGAUUCUUGGGGACGGAGGUAUUAAUAAGACUUAUAUCCGAAGAACAGAUGCAGAAGUUUGGUGUAAAUGUACCACUGUGCGCACCAAAUGAAAUGCAAGGUCAUCCAUAUCCGUAUGACAGAGGUGAGCUUUCCCAUCCAGUUGGUUCACCAUCUGGGCCACCACAAGGGCCACCCAUGCAUUCAUUUGGCCCCCCUGGGAACUUGAGGCAUCCUGAAUUUAGGCAUCCCCCUGAGGACUUCAUGUGCCCUCCUAAGGAUUUCAGAGGUCCACCACCUCUGAUGGAUUUUGGUGGUGAUGGUGAACCUUUUGGCAGAAUAGAGUUUGGGAAUAAUAAAAUGGGAAAUUUUCCUGAAGGAAGAUUUAUGCCGGAUCCAAAUUUCAGUGGUGGUUCUGAACACGUUGUGCGUAUUCGAUUGAAAAAUUUGCCUUUUAAAGCUACUCCUAAUGAGAUUCUGGAUUUUUUCUAUGGCUACAGAGUGAUACCGGAGUCGGUUUGUGUUCAGUAUAAUGAACAAGGAUUACCUUCGGGUGAUGCUAUCGUUGCUAUGACAAACUAUGAGGAAGCUAUGGCUGCUAUUAAUGAACUGAACGAUAGGCCAAUUGGUCCACGGAAAGUUAAGUUGAGCUUGCUUUAAAGGACAAAAAGGUGCUCUAGAAUGAAACAUUCUAGUUUUGACAGUAUUGACGGUUAUUUUCACUCUUUUUAAUUACUGGAAGAUGCAGAAGAAACAGUUUCCAUCAAUGGUUGUAAAUAAUAUCUAGUUCAGUUGUUUAGCUCUUGGUUGAAAUGCCUGUAUGGUUAAGGUAUGAGAACUAUGGUGCCUACUUGUGGCAGAGAAGAGCCCAGAAAUUGUGGAGGAUAUUGAAUGUCUUACAUCAAGGUCUAAAAGCAUGGAGUUUUUUUUAGUUUGCUUUAAUUCCCUGUCCCAUGACUUUGCAUCAGUUAACAAUGUAAGUGUUGGUUUACUGACCACACAAAUGGUUCAGAGAGAACUUCAGUGCUACCUGCAUUAGUAAAUAACAUUUCUUACCGAGGUUAGCUAAAUCAAAUUAAAAAUGAAUUGAUUUUUUUGUGUGUGUAAGCUGUUCAGGUUCUGUUCAGUUUAAUGUUGUUGCAGGCAUUCCUAUUGAAAGAAGAAAAAAGAGCUUCCUGUUCACAUUAGCUGGCUUUGCAACUUUUUUAAAAUAAAAAAUAAAUUGCCUUUAAAUGUGUGUCUCAUAUUUAAAAAUUGUAUAGUUAAUAACCUCAACUAUUAUGCUCAGCAUACAUGUGUCUUGGUGAGAAAGAUGCUGGCUGCUUCCUCUGGCAAGUGUGAGCUUUUUGCGGUUUGUCAACACAGCAAUGAAUACAUAGUUUAUAAAGACUGCAAAAUCUGCACUAAUCUGUUGGUAGGCUUUCUUGUUCUCCUCCCUCACUGCAGUAUCUUGAGUUAGAAAAUGAACCUCAGAAUUAGAUCAAGAAUUCUGACUUCAGCCUGAGCUUUCAGAGUGGUC